UUUGGGUUACGAAAUUAAAAUAAGAAAACGGCGCAAACUACAUUUACAUUGAUCAAACUACAACGAACUGCAGUUAUAGUAAAAAUGGCAUUCCAAUCUUAAAAAAUAUAUGACAAUUGUAGGUGUUUGUGCUCUUUUUUUUAAAUAAAGUAAUCACCAUCAUCAUGCUUUUUUUCUGCAUGUGUCUCGAGCGUUGAUGAGGCAGACAUGUGGGUAUUUGUUUCCGUUAAUUCCCCCGUUUAGGGAGCCACUCUUCUGCCGACGCCCCCACCCGAGCAUCGCUAAUUGGUCUCGGUGUGACGUGACCUUUUGCACUAAGCACAAAUCAUCCUCCUCCAAACAGGAAGGCCCCGCUACCAAGACAUCAAAGGUACAACCUCGUCAUUUAUUUUUAUUUGUUGUCUUGUCUCUUAACUGCUUUUAAAUGUUUAAGUUGUUCCAGCUUUUAUGCGGACGAAUCCACCGAGUUAUUUUCUUUCUUUUUCGCCGCCCCGGCUGUUGUUAUGGCGACUGGUUGGUCGACCAGGAAGCUGUGUCAAGUCGGACGUGUUAUGGGCGGUGUGUCACACCUUCAAAAUAAGAGAUAUGCUUGUCUACCGCACGUAGGCGUAAGUUUACGUGACUCAAUGUGCCCUCGGUCCCCUGGACAGUCAAAUUUGACACAUAAUAAAUGUGUGGGAUUUAAAUCUCACUCUUGGUGACAUUAGUACUAUAACAUCUUUGCUAACAACAACAAAACUAAUGCAUCUAUCUAGUCAUCAGUGUCACUUUAGUACCGUGGUAGUACUGUCAUACUCCUUAGUCACCUUCAUUUGAAACACGGUUAAAAAAACAUCUAUUUGUCGGUCACUUUAGUAUUCAAACAUAGUGAAAGCACAUAGUCUCCUUUACAUUCAUCGUCAUUUGACACAUUGUAAAGAAUCGCACUGUAGUUGUGUCAAUUGAUGCAUUGUAUGUGUAAUAGCAGUGCGAUUUAUUGUGAAGGUUUAGGUGGAUUGGGCACUUGUGCGCGGUUGCGUGCAUGUGUGAUGUUAGGGAGUUUUUUGGGAGGGUUUUUCUCUCCACACAUCACAUCUGAGCCUCGGAGAGGAGGAAGCCUCUUGAGGUUCUCUCCAACAAAACAUCUCAGGAGAUUUUUAUUUUUCUUCAGCACCCCCAAAAGGAAUUUGGGGGUUUUCUUUUUUUUUUUUUUUUUUUUUUGUUUCGCGGAUGCUUUGCAUCAAAGGAUGGACAAGUACGAGAAGAUGGGAAAGAUCGGCGAGGGUUCGUACGGCGUGGUCUUCAAAUGUCGCAACAGAGACUCGGGGCAGAUCGUGGCCAUCAAGAAGUUUGUGGAAUCGGAGGACGACCCCACCAUCAGGAAGAUCGCGCUCAGGGAAAUCAGGAUGCUCAAGCAACUGAAACACAGCAACCUGGUGAAUCUGAUCGAGGUGUUUCGCCGCAAGAGGAAGCUUCACUUGGUCUUCGAAUACUGUGACCACACGGUGCUCCAUGAGCUGGACCGACAUCCCCAAGGCGUUCCUGAGCAUUUGGCGAAGAGCAUCACGUGGCAGACGCUGCAGGCCGUCAACUUUUGCCACAAGCACAACUGUAUCCACAGAGACGUGAAGCCCGAAAACAUUCUCAUCACCAAACAGCGCAUCAUCAAACUGUGCGACUUCGGCUUCGCCAGGAUUCUCACGGGGCCGUGCGACUCGUACACGGACUACGUGGCCACCCGCUGGUACCGUGCCCCCGAACUGCUGGUGGGGGACACGCAGUACGGCCCCCCCGUGGAUGUGUGGGCCGUCGGCUGCGUCUUCGCCGAGCUCCUCUCCGGCAUUCCGCUGUGGCCCGGCAAGUCCGACAUGGACCAGCUCUACCUGAUCCGCAAGACCCUCGGAGAUCUGAUCUGUCGCCAUCAGCAGGUUUUCAGCACCAAUCACUUCUUCCACGGCCUGUCCAUCCCGGAACCUCAACAAAUGGAACCUCUGGAGCUGAAAUAUCCAAACCUCUCCCACCAAACACUCAGUCUCAUGAAGGCUUGUCUUCGUAUGAACCCGAGCGAGCGUCUUGCUUGCGAGCAGCUGCUGCAGCAUCCUUACUUUGACAGCAUGAGACACAAAAGCCUCCCCAACGCUAAACAGGUCAACAUCAACGCGGGGCACGAUCGCCAUGGGAACAGGAGGACCCGCCUGCCGCGCAAACACCUGCCCGCCGGGUAUUUGCCUCAGCUGACGGGCAGCAGCAUCUUCCCUGCUCCGGACACCAAGAAGUACUUUCACAACCUCAACAAGUUCAACUACCACCUGCCCAACAUCUAGAAACACGUCAACUCGUGCCUUAAUAAGACUCAGGAAGUGAAACUGGAGCUAAGCAACUGACAUUUGUCGGUAUCUUUUCCUCUUAUUAUUUUCACGCGUUAGCUAGCUAGUUUACGGAGGACAAGGAUCAGCGCGUGACGUCACGCUCCGCUCGUCAACGACAUGGAAGAUUUUGCCAAAUCUUCUGCACUGCAAGUCAAGUAGGAUGCCAUUUUUUUUUUCUUGACUCUCUCAAUUUUAUUUAUUGAAAUCAGCACAACGAUUGUAAUAAAUAAGUCGAGACGAUCCCACAUUGGUGCUAAGGACGUCCGCAGCCGUCUUCGGUGUGGAAAUGCCAAAUUAAUUGUCCAAUUUUCAUGCCCCAAUUAAAGUUUCCUUCACGUUGCGUUAGCUACGGAUCUAAUGUUGCAGUACCACCAGGAACCUGUGGCGGAGGGCUGAAAUCGUCAACCUAAAUUAGUGCUGCCUUGAGAUACGAGUUCGAUGUGUUUCGCGACCACGCUCGGAACACAAAAGAUUAACAUUAACAACAACAUUAAUUUUCUUUAUAAACACUUGCGUUGACACAAUUAAAUAGAACCCAACCCAAAAGAAUGAAACCGUUUUUGUCACACUGCUUUCCUACCUGGGGGCAGUGUCAACAGUACAGCACUAAUACCUGUCAUUCUACGCAGGGGAUAAAGAAAGUAUGACUAAGUAUGUUAUAGGGCCUGUCUCUUGCUCUUUAGCCUUGGCAUUAAGCUAGCAGACAGAUAGGCUGACCUACAUGGUUGUUUAAAAACACAAGCUGUACUAUAUUUUUGUUUUGCAGAAAACCUCAACUGGGAAUGGCAACAAACGGCUAAGUCUCAUUUUUUUUCAAGAAUUGAGCCGCUUAUUGUGAAUUGAGUUGAGCCUCUAACAACGUACCAUGCUCGCUUCGCAAGUCAAAGCAAAAAAACAAAACAAUAAAACAUCGGCCCUCAUCUCCAAAAACGUUGAGAUACUCAUGUCUCAAGGCAGCAAAAUACUGUUGUUCUCAAACCUUAUGACUUUGUAAAUCUCUGUAUCGUUUUGCAGUUUGAACAUUAUAAUCAUCCCAAAUUAGAAAAGGUGUAUUUCAAUUAUUCAAUUCAAAUGUAUUGCGAAUACAAGGUGACUAAAAUGGUACUUAAAUUAAAGUUUAAAAAUCAAAGGUUUGAAGCGAACAGAAAAGUGCGGAUACUGUAAAUACAACUGAACUGAACUUGGGCAGCCAUUCUUUUGCCUACCACCAGAGGGAGCCCAUGUACCACACUUUGAGUCUCAAUGGCCCAAGAGCAUAAUUGCCAAAGGCAAUUUUAAAACUCCUGUCACAAUUCGGGCCCUACCGACAUGGAGCUUUUGACAUUUAUGCCGAUUCUGAUUUGUGGCAGAGUAAAAUUUCGAUAAUUGAAUAAUCAUCAGAUUAUGUAAAAAUACAAAUACUUUAUAAAAACUGUUUUUGGUCAAUGAAGAUAUUGAGUUUGAUAUAUUUUUUUUACUUUUAAAUAUUUUUUUGCCUUUUUUUGGGGGGGGGGUUUAAAUGUCAUUAUCUUUGUCUUAGUUGUUAUGUGUUAAGUUGUUAAAAACAAACAAACAUGCAUGGACUUGGAUUUUGAUUUAUUCAUCCUGAUAAACAGAAAUGCUAACUGGCUGAACACAUGUCAAGAAAAACCCGCUGGCCAAAAAAAACACACAAAAAAAAAAAAACAAGCUGCAGACCCAAAAUGACCACCUGGAAGCAAA